AUGGUUCCGCUAGCUGGCGCCAUACGACAAAGACUCCAAUUUGGCCCAUCUCAGCCCUCUAUAUUCGCGAACUGCAUCGUGUGUAAUACUUAUGUCUGCCUCAAUGCUCUGGCACCGAAAGGCAAGCGCCACGAGAAGCACGGCAAACCGGCACUCGUCCAGGUCAGCCCAGAGCAGCGAUUGAAGUUUGUCCUGGCCUCUGUGUUUGCGGUGGACGGUAUGGAAGAGUGUCACAUCCUCCGUCGGAGGUCCAACCAAGCCAAUUGCUGUGCCCCGCAGAAGACAAGACACGUGCUCCGUAUCCCAAUGGCCGGGCGUCCGAUCUGGAAAGACCUCCCGACCAAAGACUCGUCAAACACAUUGCCAUCCGUCGCCCAGGGCAAGGACAAAACGGGAGAUUGCCCAAUCCUUGUCCAUGAUCACCACGAGUAUGGCACGCCGAUGACGGCGAAGAAAAAAGGCGCCGAGGGACAAGUGCGGGUAGCGAUACGCUCUCGGGGUUUCAACCUCCGCGAAAGAUAG